AGUACCCGUGUACGAGUAUCCGGUGGGAUUCCCUCAAGUGUUUUGAUCAGUCAUCGAUGUUGUUACAUGAAUAUUUAACAUGUUAAUUAAAUAGCUGUGCUACCUGCAGUUUCAUAUAUAUACCGGCAGAUCUCACAGCAUAGAUAGCAUGACCACUGUUCAAUAUCUGGAAAUGAACUUCACACUGCUGUAACAUGGGGUGUUUCCUCCAGGGCGUUUGACCCAGUAGAACGGGAUCUGGUCCAGUUUCUAAGAUGAGGAAGCGGGUAUGUAUACGUGCCUUAGUGCGAACGGAGGCGUUGGUUAUUUAUGCUGUCCUAUGGGUGUCCUUGAUGACCGUAUACUUCCAAAUAAAGAUCAUCCCAAAAUACUACGUCGCUCUGGAACGCGAGAUGUGGCUGCGCAACCUUAAACCAAAUGAGGACAAUCAGAAUGUCGGUAUUUAUAACAACACUGCGGGAAAUGAAUCCGAUCCGAUUAAUACAGUUCCGUCUGGAUCUGAUGUUAUGAAGUGGUUCAUUCACGGUCCGACAAUGACUCCAUUGAGGCAGAAAUCUCGUAUACACCCACAUUUGAAGUCGUAUGAUGUUCAGAAAGAAGUUUGUCAUCGGGGUGCUGUUCAUUUAUUGAUAUAUAUCCAAAGUUCUCCACAAAAUGGCUAUCAACGAGAUGCCAUCAGAAACACAUGGGGAGGGGUUCACAACUUCAAAGAAAUUUAUGUAGAGCGCAUUUUUUUGGUUGCUGAAACUGAUGAUAAGCAAGUUAAUGAAUCUGUAGAAAAGGAAAGACAAAAAAAUGAUGAUAUCAUUCUUUGUCAUUUCAUAGACAAUUAUAGAAAUUUAUCUUUAAAAGCGAUUACUUUGUUAGAUUUUGUUAACAAUCGAUGUUCAAAUGCAAAAUAUAUACUUAAAACUGAUGAUGAUAUAUUUGUAAACAUUUAUUUACUCAUAGAAAAAUUCAUUCCACAAAUUGUGAAGAAACCGAAAUCCGUAGUUUGUCAUGGAAAAUACGGUCAUCCAAUUGUUACCGACCCGAACAGUAAAUGGUAUAUGCCUUCCGAUAUUUUGCCGAAGGCCGAUAAGGGCAUCCUACCUACGUUCUGUACCGGAUAUGCGGUCCUCUUCACCAUCGACCUUGUUCCUAUGUUGCUUAAUGCGUCUUUCACCUCCCCAUUUGUUCAAGUUGACGAUGUGUACAUGUUUGGGUUUCUGCUGAAGAGGAUAGCAGAUGUGAACUUUAUCGACGCCAUUGAUUCCUUUACAUUGAACCAGGAACUGGGACUAGCUGAGUACCAGGAUGCAAAGAAGCCCCUAGAACAUUGUGUGCUCAGUGCAUGGGAAAAGGGGACACAGGAGAAGCUCUGGGAGAGAACUAUUGAUAAGUUAUCUGCCGUUGGGAAAAAUAUCGUAAACCCAGGUCAAUUACCUUACGAAUACUGAUUUUAUGUUCAAACCACUUUGUUUGCUGUCAAAUACAAAGAUUCACCAACCAAAAUGAUUCAAUUGAGAUUUUCAAAAUGUUUAGGUGUUAUUACUUUAAAACAAAUAAAUGUUUGCAGUGUAUAAUAUGGACUAAUAUCCUAUUCUACCACGAACAAUUCUCAACUUCGUAAAAUAUUGUGCAAUCUGUGCUAUGUAUAUUUCACAACCUAUCAUUUUUUUCUAUUUAUAGAAUCUUCCUUUCUCCUUUCCUGCAUAGUCAAAAAACGUUUCGACAAGAUAAAAGGCUGAUCAUAUUUUUAGGUCACCUGAGACAAAGUCUCAAGUGACCUAUUGCGAUCGCCAUUUGUCCGGCGUCGUCCGUCGUGCGUCCGUAAACAAUUUACAUUUUCUACUUCUUCUCCAAACCCUCUAACCCAAUUUCAAAGAAAUUUCGCAGAAACCUUCCAUGGCCAAAGGUCAACCACAAUUGUGAAUAAUAUGGUCCCCAGCUCCCAGGGGCCUGAGGGGCGGGGCCAAAAAGGGUAAAAUUGACUAAAACUUCAAAAAUCUUCUUCUCAAGAUCCUGAU